UCGGCCGCUGUCAAGAACUAUAUGGCCAACGUGGCCAGGGUGCUCUACCACGUUUCGGUCUGGCUCCGUGACAGGAAGACGCCCCCUGGCCACUGGUCAGACUUAUUAACAUGCCCGGUCGACCCAUUCGUUGAAUACUUGGAAAAGUGAGUGUGGGGCGUUGGAAUCACGUCGUGUGUUUAUUUUUUUUUUAAUUUUUCGUUUUCCUCCCGCAGGAGAGAGCGACUCGGCCAGACAAUAGCCACGUCGGUCAAUUACCUGAAGAACAUACACACGCUAUUAGAAAUGGCAAUAAGUAGCUACUCUAUGGAGGAUAAUACUUUCCCCAAGACUUUUGAAUUAUUGCCAUGCCCCAAAACUUUAAACAACAUGAAACUACUGAAAACGAAAUUAAACUUGCUGUAUAAAAAUAAAUUGAAGAAGCAACCACAAGAAUUGUUUAUGCGGAAGACGCAGGAAGCAGUCACUCUUCCAGAAUACUCGGAGGUAAACUCGGUGAUGGAGCUUGUGAAUACACAAGUGCCCGAGGCCCUGAGUAAUCUGGAAGAGCAGUUCGGAACAUCAACGAAUAUCACCGUUGCUUCUGAAGUUGGCUCAUCUGCUAUGCAGAGGAUGGUCAGCAAAUGGUGGAGAGUGGCAACAUGUGGCCUCGCCGUUCAGGUGCUUUGGGUAUCAAAGCACCGCAGCGGCGUGGUAUCCAACAUGUUGGGUACUGAGUGGGCCACAAGAAAAAAGGAAGACGGCAAGACGGUGGUUACCGUGUCCACCCACAAAACAGGCGAUCGGGAGCCCGCACUGAUCGUGCUAAGCGACGAACUUGCAAUUCAAAUCGAAAGGUACUAUCCACUGCGACAACGCGUAAGAACGACGGCGAAAGAAUUUUUCAUAACAAACAAGGGCCAACGUCUAGUGAAAAUUUAUGACGAGUUGAAUAAACUCUAUCAUACAAAGUUGUCGGCAAAUAUAUUCAGAAGGAUGGUGGAGAGCCAGAGCAGGGGCCACGAUCGGGUCACCUGCACCGGUGUUGCAAAGGCUCUGCAGCACUCGGAAGACACUGCCUUGCGUCAUUACCAUGUGCCGGAUGCAAAGGAGGCGAUCCGGAGGCAGCGGCACAUCGACGUCGUCGAUGAGACCGCUGUCUUUGAAGAUGUCGUGUCAAAAGAGUUUGACAAUCUAUUUCCGUAUGCGCCCUACGCUAAUUGGACAGACGCGGGCAUACGAGAAAGGAUAAUGGAUUCAGAUGCGUAUGCGGCGCAUCCAACAGCCACCAUUACUGACGCGCUCGUCCAACGCGUCAAGGCAAGAUAUAACGAUGCGGUCUUUGGCGAAAGGGCGGAGAUCCUUGUUGGACACAUGCGUGCCAAUUAUAACAAAAACAAUGUCACUAAGCACGCCGUUAUCGACACGGCCAAGGAGCGGAAGCUGCAUUAUUUCCUGAAUGGCGACCAGGAAAAAAUGUGCCGUCACAUAAUAGCAAAAUUUAAUUGAACGACGUGGGAACGUUAGUGGAAUAGGCCUACGGGGACACCACUUUAAAAAAAACUACCGACGUGGGAACGUCAGUGGAAUAGGCCUACGGGGACACCACUUAAAAAAAAA